AUGGCUUCCUCCUCGAUGUACAUGGCUGACCCCCCGGCGGGCGUGCGACGGUUCGAUGGCGAUACUCUUCAGCCGAAUAUGGCGGCGUGUGGCAUCACUACGGCGUUGAUUGCCUUGGCUGUGGUUGGGCUGCGUCUGUAUACUCGAUUCUUUCUCACGGUGGCCCGAUUUCAGGUCGAUGAUGUCUUUGUCUGCUGCGCUGCAGUAUGCUCUAUCAUGCUGAUACCUAUCUCGUUCAGGAUCAUGGAAGCCGGCGUAGGUCUGCACAUGUGGAACGUGACAAUGGCGCAGUAUAACCCAGCGCUCGGAAUCUGGACACUCAUCACAACCAUCUUCUACGCCUGGGCCGUAAUCUUCUCCAAACUUUCCAUCCUCGCAUUCUACCUCCGCCUCUCCCCACAGCACUGGUUCCGAGCGCUCACCUUCACCCUGAUGGGAAUCGCCACAGCCUACGUCCUCCUAUACACCUUCCUCUUCAUAUUUCGAUGCAACCCGAUCGCCAAGAACUGGGACGUGACCAUUACACACGGCACCUGCAUCGACACGAGCACAGUAAUGACCGUACUCAGCGUCGCCAACAUCGUAAUGGACGUAUUAACCCUCCUCCUCCCGAUUCCCGUGAUAAUGCGUCUGAACAUGCGCCUCGCACAACGCAUCUCCGUCAUCCUGAUCUUCUCAUCUGGUAUCUUUGUCUGCGCGAUCGCCAUUCAACGCACGGUGCAGAUGCUGCAAGCUCUAACAUCAGCAGACUAUACGUGGGACAUCACGGAGCAGUUCUACUGGUCGUACAUCGAGGUCAACGCGGGGAUACUGUGUGCGUCGGUUCCGGCCUUGAAGCCGUUUGCGAAACGCCAUCUAGCGCCGCUCUUUGGGUCUUCGCAACGGUAUCAUGAUGGGAAUGGUGGGGCGUCUGGGGGGCCUCAGCCUCCGGGUCAGAGCUCGGAGGCGAUUGUGUUGGGGGUUACGCCGAAGAGGUCGAGUUAUACAAGGUUUUAA